AUGGAUCCAGGUGUCACUUUGUACAACAUGUGCAAGAAGAUUGCACAGCUGUACAAAGUCGUACAGUAUAUAUCUGCACACCUGGAAGAAAGAGCUUUCCAAAUCGAAGCAGUUCGAACACAAUAUUACACAGAAAUCGAUAAAGUAAUCAGUCUUUAUGAGAAAAAUGCCUCGAAGUUUAUGGAAGAACUCGAUCCGACCGCAAGAUAUGAAAGUGCGCAGAAAAAUCUAGAGCGAAAACACGAUAUUUUAGAGACAGCCCUAAAACAAGCGGAAAAAGAUGAGGUUAAUGCGGCAAAAGAGGAAGAAGAAGUUCUAUCUAAAUCAAUUACGCCAUUAAAAGAAACACUCAGCCAAUUAAACGACCAAUUAAAAGAACAAAUUCAGUAUUUGAAAGAGAAAGUCACAGAAGAUAAUACGAAAUUAGUUACUACUAUCCAAGACGUGGAGAAAAAACACAAGAAAGAGAUAGAUCUUUGUGAUAUCGAAUCUGAGAAAAAAUAUUUACAAUUAAAACAAGAAAAUACCGACAAACUUAAGGCUAUGCAAGAUGACCAUAGACUCAACAUGCAAAAUAUUGUCGAAGAACAAAAGCAACUUGCAAAUACUCCAUUAGAUGUAAAAGCCCUUCGUAAUGGCAAGCUCAAACUCCAAAAUACUCGUGAAUUCCUCGUAACAACAAAUACUCAAGUACAAGAUCUCAUCAAAAAGUAUCUAGAAAUUAUGUCGAAUAUUCAACCACACGUAAUACAGAAUUCCAAGCAAAUAGCCACUUAUUCGAAGGAAUACGAGCAAGAUCUGCUUAUGAACGAGCAGCACAACGAAAUGGUAACUAAAGAAUUCCAAGAAGAAAUUGAAAAAAUAAAAGAACAACAAAUCCAAGUCCAAAAGAGCCAAGCAAUGCAAAUAGAACUCCUCAAGAACGAGCUGACCUCUUUACGUAACUCUUUCAAAGCAGAAAUGGACGAAGCGGAGAAAAACAAAAAUUCUACAGACGGAAACAUCGAAAACGUCAUAAAAAACUUGGCCGCAUCGAAUUUCAAGGAAGAAGAAGAGCGGAGAAAAGCCAUUGCAAGGGAACAAGAAGCCAAAGAGAAGUACAUGACAAUACUAACAAGAGAUACACAACUAACAAUGGAUGAUUUGAAAGCAGACAUAUUAAAAGCGAAAGACGAAAUCGAUGACGAAAACAUGAUUUUGCAAAAAGCGAUUGAUUCAGAAACAGAAAGAUUUGAAAAUCAGAAGAGAUACUUAACAUCAAAUCACGAAGAACUAUUAGCCCAGAAAGGUAAAGAACUAGAAGAAUCAUCAGUUAUGGAAUCAAAUUACAGAAAAGCUGAUCAAGAAAGAAAAACACAGAAAACAAUGUUAGAUACUUUAAUGAGAAUUUUCAAGACAUCGAUGGAAAACAUUGUUGUUUCUGAAAGGGACGAAAUCAGACAACUUGAGCUUAACUACGAGAAGAACAAGAAUGAAACACAAACUACUGUUGACAACGAGUACAACGCGAAGACAAGAUUUACUUCGCAAUCAAUAAAUGAUUUGCAAAAUCAAUACAACGAAGAAAUGGAAAGAAUAAAAAAUGAAAGGGAAAGAGAUAUUGAUUUGCAAACAGAGAUGAUACAAACAGAGUUCAAUAACAUGAAAUCUGUUGAUGAAAUAAGAGAUGAAUAUGUUAAAGAAUACCAGAAACUAACAGAUGAAUUCGAAAGUAUAAAUGAAAAACCGACGAUUUCGGAUAAAUAUUCUGAAAAGAAUUUAAACGAAAUCAAAGCGAAAAAAGACGAAAUCAAGAUAAAAUUGCAAAAUGAUAAAGAAACAAUGCUGGAUAAAUAUAAAACAGACUUCGCAAAUGAACAAUCUCGUCACGAAGCGAAGUUAUUAACUUAUAUUUCAGCUCUGAAUGAAACAAUCGAUGUUGGACCAGAAUUACAAAGAAUUCGAGAAAAAGAAAAUGUAAAAAUCACUAAAUACAAUACACAAAUACAAGAAUAUAGUGAGAAAUUAAAGGAAUUGCAGUUGGAAUUCAAGCCAGCAACAGGAGAAGCAGCUGUUGAUUGUCCUGAAAUACAAGAACUAAGAAACAAACUCUCUGAAGCACUGAAAAAUCAAAAGGAACAAUUGACGAAAGCAAGAAAUGAAAGUGAAAAAGAUAUCAAAGAAUUGAUUGACGAGAUCAAGAAACAAGAAGGAUUAAACGAUGAUUCAAUAAAGAACCUCCAAGAAUCACUUGAAUACAUCAUUUCUCAGAUCAAAGAUACAAUUCAAACUGACCAAGAAAAGAAGAAGAGAAGAAAAAUCGAAGUUGAAGAAAUCAUAACGAAUUUGAUGAUGAAAUAUGAACAGGACAAACAAGAGUCACAAGACAAAUUCGAGCAGAAUAGGGCUGAUAUGCAGAACAAUAUAGAAAACUCUGAUAAAGAACUAAACAACCAAAUUGUUGAUGAUUCUGAAUCAGAACAAAAUAACUCAAUUGAAUUGAAGAAGAAACUAAAGGAAGAAGAAGAGAAAAUGAAGAAAGAAAUACUUGAAUACAAAGAUCAUUUGAACCAUACUAAUCCUGAAUUGGAUAACGCUGUUGAAGAGGCUUACAAGAAGAGAGAUGCUGCAAAACUCGCUUUCGAUAAUAAACCAAUUCGUGACCAAGAAAAAACAAUUUUGAUAAAUCUUUCUGAAAUCCUUUACCAGAAAACAUCACAUUUGUACACUAUAGGAAGAGAUCUUCUCGAUUACAGAGCGAGAAUUGUUGCACAGGAAGAGGAAGUAAAUUCCAGAUUCGGAAGAGAUUCACAGAUUGGAGUAAUGAGAAGCCAACCUGUAAGACCAAUGACAGCUGUUGUAAAGAAGAGAACAACACCAAGAUUGGCUACUCCUGUUUAA